GCGUGUCUGCUGUAGGAGCCGGGUGAACAUGGCGGAGGCUCGCGCCCGGUCUCGCGCUGGGUCUCGCGCUCAGGUGAAAGUUGAGGAGAAGGCGCCGCUCUCCUCUCAGGACGGACAGCAGGGAGGGGUUUUAUUCCUCAGAUUAUUCACCGCUGGGUUUUAUGGCCUCAGCUCCUUCCUCAUCGUGGUGGUGAAUAAAAGCGUCCUGACCAACUACAGAUUUCCAUCGUCAUUAUGUGUGGGGAUCGGACAGAUGUUGGCGACGGUGUGUGUGCUGUGGACAGGGAAAACUCUGGGAAUCAUCCACUUUCCAGACAUGGACAGAAACAUUCCACACAAGACGUUCCCUCUCCCCCUCUUGUAUGUAGGUAAUCAGCUAACUGGCCUCCUGGGAACUAAACAAGUCAAUUUGCCAAUGUUCACUGUGCUCAGGAGAUUCUCUAUCUUAUUCACCAUGCUAGCAGAGAGCUACCUGCUCAGGAGGACGUUUGCGUGGAGUGUACAGCUGACGGUGUUCACUAUGAUCUUAGGAGCGUUUAUCGCCGCCAGUACAGAUUUGACCUUUGACCUUCAAGGCUACACAUCUAUCACGGUUAAUAAUAUAUUAACUGCAGCUAACGGCGCUUACAUGAAGAAGAAACUCGACUCCAAGGAGCUGGGGAAGUAUGGCUUGCUGUAUUAUAACGCUUUAUUCAUGAUCAUACCCACUGUGUGUGUAGCUUACUACACUGGAGACCUGCAACAAGCUGUGGGUUUCGAUGGCUGGAAUGAUUUAUUCUUUCUCAUUCAGUUUAUUCUCUCCUGUGUGAUGGGGUUUGUCCUCAUGUAUUCCAUUGUGUUGUGCACACACUACAACUCUGCCCUGACCACUAGCAUCAUCGGCUGUGUAAAGAACAUCAUGGUAGCAUAUGUGGGCAUGGUGUUUGGUGGUGAUUACAUCUUCACCUGGAUGAACUUCAUCGGCUUAAACAUCAGCAUCGCCGGGAGCCUCGCCUACUCCUACAUCACCUUCACUCAGGAGGGUGUCAGUGAGUGCACUUCCUGUUAUACUUCCUGUAAUUACACGUGACACUGUGGGCGUGUCCCAAACUACACGCUGUGCUUACUGAGUGUUUAGAACAGGACUGUGAGAUGUACAUCAUUAGAGACACAUCGUUGACCCCACUGGUAAAUCGAGCAGCUUUGCAUGAGGUCAUGACCCCUAGGUAUGGAGCCGCUGAUCCUGGUGAACACGUCUGUGUGCUUUCCAUUGUGACUGUGGAUUGAACUGGAUCUAGAAUGUUCUAGUGGUUACACUGUAAGGGUUCUGUGUUGUAAACUCUACAUUCUAGAACUCUGUAUGUUUCUGAAUUAAUAUGCAGCGAAGUAGUGCACUAGAUAAGGCAUAGUGCUUGUGUGUAGGCAAUAGUGAGAAUGAGGAGGUAUUAUAAACAUGACUGUCUCUCUCUCUCUCUCUCUCUCUCUCUCUCUCU